AUGAGUGUUAACAAUAACAAUAAAAAAAACAGCACGUGUUUUUCCUUGAACAAUGGAGCUGUAAAUGUAAAUCAGGCAAAAGAUAACAAUUAUAAAAAUAACAACCAUCACAGUACGAGCAAUUUAACUACAAUGAUCCAACAACAUCCACCGCCACAACCAGGUUAUUACUCAGUAGCGGCUCGGCAGCAAGAUAAUGUGCCAAAAAUAAUAGCUGGGGCAAGUAACGCUGUUAUAGCAGAUGAAGGUUUAAAAACUGAACAAUCUCCAUUGUUAGAUAAUUUAUCUAGUCAUAGCAACAGAAAUUAUGGAAAUAAGUCAACAUCAGCAAUAGAAGAUGUUUUCAUACUGAUUGAAGACAAUUGCCGGCUUCCAAGAUCAGGGAUAAAUGCUUGUUGUCCAUCAUCAUUUCAUGUUGAUUGGAACGUGUUAUCAUCAAGUAUAAGAGAGUUUAAAGACGCUAUUAUGAAUCCAUGGCUAUAUUAUUAUGUUAGCAUAUUUUUCCUAUUAAACAUCAUACAUGGAAUAUCUUUCGGAAUAGCAAUCUUUCAUCAUCACAAUCAAAAAGACAAUGACAAGUACGUAUUUGGAAAAUAUAAAUAUGUUGGCAUGAUGAUGUUUUUUACAAGGGAGGGAAUAAUUAAACAUCAUCUUAAACAUCUUGAAUCGGUACCUGAAACAAUGAUAGUUUACACAACAAUAUUUGCUUAUGCGCUAAGUACCAUACUAACUAGUAUUGGGCUUUUAUUGUUUGUAAUAUUCAAGUUAAAUCCCCUUUUGGAGUUUUUCCCGAGACACAUUUAUGUCGGAACAUUUGGUGGCAUUGGUUGCUACUUACUAAAAACUGGUGUAAAGUUUUCAGUUAAACAUUCCAAGCAUUUUGAUCUCAAUUAUAAGACAUUUAAGAAAAUUUUACAUGAGAAUAAUAUUUUUUCGUGGAGUUUAGCUUUUGCUUUGGGACUCUUCCUCUUGGUCAUUAUUAUAUUUAUUAGACGUAAAACCAAAACUAAAAGCAAUCAUGUUCCAGUCAUCAUCACUUUAAGUUUUCUAUCAAUUUUCUUGAGCUUCUACUUAGUAAUAUAUUCCUGGAGCAUUCCUUUGGAUUCUUUGGUUGAUAAUGGUUGGAUAUUUGCUUUAGAUAAUCAAAUCACGAUGUCUGAAUUCUACUCUAAUUUCCAUUUUGGAUUAAUUAAUUGGGAAGCUAUAAUAAAAACUAUUCCAACAAUGCUCACCCUUGCAUACUUUACAAUACUAAAUGUCAAUAUAAACAUUGGUAAAUUGGAAGCUUCACUUGAUGACAAUUAUCAAUUUAAUACAGAUUGUGAACUGAUUGUUCAAGGAGUUUCUAAUUUAAUUGCUGGAAUAUCUGGAACUUUUCAAGUUUCCUUUGGGUAUGAAGAAUCAAGUUUAUUGAUUAAAUCAGGAAUAAACAGUCGUGUUGUAGGAUUGAUACUUGCAUUUUGUCUUGGUAUAACAACAUAUUUUGGACAACUGUUUAUUAAAUACAUUCCUACAAUAGCUGUAGGCACAAUAAUCUUCUACUUGGGACUAGAGGUGAUAAAAGAGGCAUUGAUAGAUUCAUGGAUGUUUUUCAAUAAGUUGGAAUAUUUGAAUAUUUUAAUCACAAUGGUUGCAAUGAUAACUAUUGGACUUCUCGAAGGAAUAUUUAUAGGAAUUGUAUUCUCUUAUAUAUUUUUCAUGAUAUUAAAUUAUCAAAAGGGUGUAAUUCGAGCAACUUUUUCAGGUAAUUCAGCUAGAUCUUCUGUCAGAAGGCAUUACCGAGACCAAAAAUUUCUCAAACAACUUGAUAGUCAAAUCUAUGUAAUGACAUUACAAGGAUAUAUGUUUUACAGAACAAUGAAAGGAGUUGAAGACUUUAUAAAGAAUACUUUGAUUGAUUGCGAACAGAAGAAAAGACCAAUCAAAUUCUUGAUUUUGAAUAUGUAUGGUGUUACUGGAUUUGCAAUUGAUGCUGUUCAGGUGCUUGAAAGCAUUCAAAAGCAUCUUCAACAUCGAAAAAUAUACCUUGUAAUCUGCGAAAUUUCACAUGAAUCUCAGCAAGUUUACACACCAUUGAAAAAAUUACUAUUUUGGAAUGAUGUUACAAAUGAUCAUGUAAAGUUUUGUGAUGAAGCUAAUGAAGCACUGGAAUGGUGUGAGAAUUUACUCUUGGGGACUUAUUAUGCUAAUCAUAGACUAUUAUACAGUGAUAAUCAACUUGUUGGAGUACAGCAUCAGACCAUGUCAUCUUUACUUAAUGAUGAGUAUUUUUGUAGUAAUCAAGUCGAAGAUGCUGGAAAGAUUGUAUUUGAAAAUGAAAUUUGUCUUAAAAGCAAAAAUAAACUUGUAAAUAUUUUAAUGAAAGCAUUUAAGGAAAUUACAAAUGAAAAAGAAGAAUUUUUCAAUUUGCUAGUUCCAUAUUUUACAAAAGAAGAAAUACAAAAGGACUCACAACUGUGGUCAAAAGGUGAUGAUCCAAAUUGUAUAUAUGUUGUGGAACAAGGACAAUUGAGCACAUGGAUUCCAGCAGAAAACAACAAACCAAAUGUAAUUGAGAGAAUUUUGCCACUUACCAUGGUAGGUGAAUUAGGAUUUUUCACUGAUAAACAGCGACCAACAAAUUUGGUGACAAAUACUCUAUGCGUUCUAUGGAAAAUGGAUCAGGCUGCUUAUUUAAGGAUGAUGAGAAGUAAUUCCAUUUUAGGAGCCAUGUUUAUGAAAUUGGCAAUGAAAUCCUCUGUAGAAAGGUUAUGCAACUUAAAUCAUUAUGCAUUUGAUUAA